AUGGCAUGCUUGACCACGGACCAUCUGGUCGAGGAUAUAGACCACGUACAGACCGACCAAACCCCAAUGUUCGAUCAGCCACCCACGCUCCAACCAUUUGGCGUGCAGUUGCGGCAGAUGAAGGUAACCACCUUCGCCCUCGGUCUCCAGCCUGGGGCGAUCGCGGGGCAGAAAGGCGUCCCGCGACCCCCGCACGAGCAGCGGCUCGUCGAGAUCAUCCGCGACAAAGCCUCGCUGACGCGAGAAGUGCGCUUCUUCCGCACCGUCUACCAGGCGAUGGAAGAGAUGCGGGACCGCAUCCGCUCGGUGGUGCAGGACCUGACCCUUAACUACUACGUGCGGCCGAACGACGCGGGCGACGCUGACCGUGCGUGGCUGCAGUUGGCGGACGAGCUGGAUUUUGCACUGCUGGAUUAUGCCCACAUGGCCGAGCUGGCGGCGCAGGAGUGGAUGGCGCUGGAACAGCAGCAGCAAGUGCGCGACCGAUGGAGCCAGAUCUAG